AUGCUUUGGAUGCGUUACUUGCCUCUUCUUUUUACCACCCAUCGCCUUCAUUUCUUUGGAUCCCUUGAGUGCACACAUACAUGUUUGUGCAUAUGGGUACCACACUUUGAGUCGUUUUUAGUGACUGUGUCGUUUCAUUCAAGUUUAGUGUGUUUUAUACUCUCUCUGAAUGCCCGUGGUGAGCUCUUUGCGCUGUUAAACACUUGA